UUGUGUCGGUCACGCAACACUCCAAAAUUUCCCGACAAAAUUUUUUUACAAGCAUUGGAACAGUACCCCCAAUUGUGUAUUGAUACUAUUUUCUAUAAUAUAGAAAGCGUUAUGGCGGGUUAUGGAGAAAGGAAUGCUGUCAUUCUUUACAAGUUAAUUUUUAACUAAACUGGUUUCAAUCUGAGCAACUCAAACGGAACCCUGCAAAAUGACGCUGUUUCUAGCUUUAGUUUUGUGUUUCGCUUCUCUUUCUUCCGCAGCUACGGACAGUCCUAUAUAUCCAAAAGAAUAUCAAGCAAUUAUUGGACACGGAUUUGCAACCAACUGGUUCAAAACUCCAGAGCUUUUACUGAAAUACCACCAGCGCAACAUACAGGACGUGUUCGAGAAAGGAUUUCGCAACCUUAGGCUUCGAUCUCGGGCGGAUUUGUACGAAGCCCCAUACAAUAAUACUCAAUUUUUCUGGUUCUUAGGGAACCUUACUAUUGUCGUCGAUGAUUGUAUUAAAGUAGGAGUCGUUCCCAUAAUUUCUUGGGUGCACCACAAAGCGGAGGCCUUCGCAACAGAGCAAGACCGCAUAAACUAUAUAACAUGGUGGAAAGCGGUCGCUUCGACGCUAAAAAACAAGUCGUAUACUCUAGGAUUUAAUCUAUUUACCGAGCUCGGGCUUGACGGUUGUGGGAAUAACUGCAGUGGUAGUUUACGCGAGAAUACCACGAAAUACAACGAGUGGACGAAGGAGGUAACUCGAGAAAUUCGUGAAACAGGCGGGAAAAAUGGCAAAAGAAUCCUAAUCCUUGCAUCUCCAGAGAAAACAGGCAAGGGUUUGCACAAGAUAGACAAACGGAUCUACGAGAAUGACGCCUUCAUGAUGGCGGAGUGGCACACCUAUGCCUCUGGUCCCAAUAAGAAAUCCGGGGGUGCGAAAUAUUGGACUGGAGACGGAAUCCCGGAGGGGCGCGCAAACGUCCAAAAAUUUCUAGAAGAAGGUAUUGAUUUUACCAAAAAAAGCAAAGUUCUGACGUACUUAGGGGCUUGGAUGCCCACUGAUAACAAGGAUGGUAGCUUAACCCAAACAGAGGUCAUUAACUUUGGUCGUUAUUUCGUGGGGAAAUUAAAAAAAGCGAAGAUCCCCUGGUCUUUGAAUGUGCUGGAUAGUUACUACGACACGGAAAAAUGUGAGUGGCUGACAGACAUUCAGGACAUAAAAGGUCGAAAGCUCAACAUGUCUUUAGUCUUAGAAAAUAUUCUUGAUGUCAUGCAGUCGAAUGUCACGCAACCAAGUAACGGGGCGUCACGCAAUGCGCAAGCCCUGUCGACUGUUUUAUUCUCGUGUUUCGUGUUCUUGUUCUGUUGUAGCCUGCGCUUAAAAUAAAUGCAAAGCAAUGCGCUUGAGCUCAAGCUGAGUUCGUGGGGUUCCUGUGGUAUAACGAGAAAGACUAUAAACAAGCUGUAUAGUUGUAGACAAACUAGGUAGUCUAGGCGUGGCGUAGACAAGCGAUAAAUGAACACAAUAUUGAAAUAGUAUGCUGUAGUGUGCGCGUUGCAUAUACGUAAGUAGUUGGGCUGAAGUUUCGAGCGUUAGCCGUGGUUUUCUGGGUUUCCUGUGGUCUCUUGAGUUUUUUGUGAUUAGCAGACAUCACUGACAAGGCUGAGUUAACAUCAUGUAGGUUUUUCCCUAGCCUGCGUAGCCUCUUUAAGGGAGAGGGACUGGGGGAGAGGGGGCGAGAGAAAAAAAAAACGAGCGCGCUACGCAGGCUACCUUAUUACACUUAAUUUUCGCGUCACUAUAAUUUUGCGAAUGGCAAUUUUAAGAUAAACAACAAAUACUGGUGUCGCUAGAAAACGACUACGCCAUCGACAACUUUAACAAAGACAUUUGAGUCUAGGUUUUGCAACAUUUUAAAGUAUUCGUUUUGUUCAACUGAUUUGUACGGGCAGCUUUGUCUGUCAACCAUGAGAGGGUUUCUCAAAAUUUACUUUAAAUAAGGACAAGAUUUGUAUCUGAACAAUAUGGAACUAGAUAUACAACAGUAGAAAACAUUGUGAACUGAAUAAAAUGUUCAUUUAAACAAUGA